CAACUGGAACUGUUGAGCGGUACGCGUGUUUCAACGUGAAAGUUUUCACCAUUGCAUAAGAUUAGUUAUCGAGAUAACUUGUGCAUUUUGACAAAAAAAGUUUCUAAAAGAGAUCAGUGAAACAAAAGUGUGCAUUUAAUUAUUAUAAACUGGCGAUCAAAAACGAAAGAAUUCCAACUUUUAGUGAAGUGUGUAAGAGAAUACUAGAAAAUAAUAAAUCGACAAGCAGAGACAAAUACUCACAGAUAUGACACGUUGCCAAAGUCUACAAUCCUAUGCAUCGUCUACAAUGUCUGAUAGUGGAAGCUUAUCGUGGACCGAACAAAAAGAAAUAUUUAGAUAUCCUAGAGGCACUAUAACGUGCGGUAUGUUACCAACAUUACGAGCUCUAGCAUCCAAGGAAUGCGAGAAUAAUCAGAGUAUUAUUUGUCUUGUACCUUUCGAUACGGAUAUGGAUUCUGCCAGUCACCUGCAAAUGAUCUUGCUGGAGGCAUAUUGUCGUGAGACGGGAAUUAGAGUGUUAAGAGUAUCCAGAGAAAGAAUACGAAAUCAUUUAUGUCCUGAAAGCGGCGAUUUAUCCUGCGUACUCAUCUCCAAUGACGAUCCAUACUUCUUAGAUACACCGGAAUGAAUUUGAAACAUGUUCAUUUAUCAAGAAUGAAUUUUUUUCGACUGGAUGCAGUCACAUAAUCAUAUCAAGAAGUUCUGAAAAAGAAUCAUUGGAUAUUGGAUAGAUGGCAGAAAACACAUCUUCAAUAGACAUUUUCGAUACAGAGAGAGAAAUCGAUUUUAAAGUUCAACUCGAACAGAGCAUAUCGAUAACGAAGAUUAACAUUCUAAAAAUGACAAAAAUUAUAUUUAUAUAUAUCUCGAUAUAUCGCGAUAAGCGAUUUUAAUCGCUAAAAUUGUUCAAAGAAAAAGGCGAUAUGAAAAUGAUCGAUUGUGAUCCGUGCAAAUACAUAUGUGUACGUGUAUAAAUAUAUAUAAAUGCAUUCGUACACACACGUGCGCGCGCGCGCGCACGUAUGCACACACAUUUUUUCAUUACGAUGUAAUUGUUAAAUCAAUAAAAUUAAUUAUAUUAUAUAUAUUUAAUUAUAUUAAAAAUGAAUCAUGUUACCGUUAUGAUUAUUUUGUAAUAAUAUACAUAUAUGUUACUA